AAUUCAGGAAGGCCUUCUUAGUGAAUCUUGUUCUGUGGAGCCAGAGUUGUGUGCAGUCAUCUUCACUGACUAUGAAUGUUUUGAUACUGAAGCCGGCACCUACUGUGUCAUCCCAACUUUUUGAAAGACAUUGGAAAAUGGGGCGCCACUCCUCAGAUAGUGAAGAUGAUAUCAGAAGUCGUCGUAAAAAGAAACACCGGAGGAAAUCAACUUCCAGCAGUUCUUCAGAUAGCAGAACAUUCACGCGGAAAAAAUCUAGUAGAAGGACAAGAUCACACUCUCGUCACCGCUCCCAUUCACGAUCCAAGGACAGAAGACAUAGACGGCGGUCUAGCAGCAGUUCAUCAUAUGAGGUCCGAAAAAAGCGAAGCAGAUCACGGGAUCGAGGGAAAUCGUACAGAUCACGGCGGUCUAGAUCAAGAAGCAAGAACAGAAGGUAUGGAUAAAUUAUAAUUUCUAUA